GACAAUUUCGCGAAGCUAAUUUGCUAUAAAUAGAUUGUGUACGUAACAACCCCUUAUUCUUAUCUAAAUAUUUAUACAAAAGUUAUAUUAUAAACUGGAUUACAAGGAAUUAUAAUGAUUAUUUUCUUGGGCAUUUUACUAUCCUUGGUUUCUAUUGGUGAAUGCACGAAGUGUUUCCAAUGUCAGAAUGUAGUUUAUCCACGUGAGUGCAAAAACUUGAAGCUAUGUAGCUCCGAUGAGAUCUGUUUUGUACAACAAGUUGUAACAGCCGAUGGGUUUAUUUUGUAUAAUUCAGGAUGCAAACCAAAGUCGAGUUGUCCAGUCGAUUCUGCGCCGCUGGUAGGAAGAUCAACAAGUGUUGUAGAACACCGCUCCACUAACAUGACAACGUGUGAGGAAUGUUGCUCUAGUGACUACUGUAACAGAAAUGGAUGUGGAUCAAACGAAAUACCUUUCUCCCAACGAGGACCGUAUUGCUUUACGUGUGACGUCCUAAAUCCCAAAACCGACUGCAAUGACGUUGACAUCUGUGCCGCUGACGAAAUGUGUGUGUUAUAUGCACCACCCGAGUUCAGUGGUCUUCCGGAAACAAUCUAUAGAGGUCGUUGUGAAACAAAAACGGGCUGUUAUACACUUGGCCAAACGUCAAACAAUGACAACUGUUUGACAAUGUGUUGUGACACGGAUUUCUGCAAUGAUAGGUGUCAAACUCCUACAAAUACCACUAUUGCUACAACGCCAGCCACAACUAGCCAAACGUCUGCGCCAUCUACAAAAGGUAUUCAUACUGAAAGAAUAACACAUAUAACCACAUUAGCAACUUCAACUCACGGGCAUUGCAAUACCAGUGACGGAUUCGAGUAUGUACACAAUGCGCAUGCGCAAAUGUGUGUCUAUUUUGUACAAAACCACAGUCACAAAACAUGGGAUUAUGCAAGACACAGAUGUCAAAUAAUAAACUCAGAACUUGUCGUCCUGGACACACACGCAAAAGCUGCUCUCAUCAGGAAAUACAUUAUAAGACAUACUCGACUCCACACUGAUAUGUAUUGGGUUGGUGCCAGAGACUUCAAUAAUCAUGACCAUUUCUCUUGGGUAAAUGGCAAUGCAGUACAUGUCAAUACAAAUGAUUGGGAUAACCAUCAGCCGGACACUACUGGACAUGGACAUGACAAAGACUGUGUGUGCAUACAUCGGGGUGAUGACCAUUCGUACACGUGGCAUAACAAGGAAUGCAAUGACAAGGGAUUUUUCAUUUGUGAACGAUAAUAAAUAUGUAUCAUAACUUAAUUAAAUACUUCAUGUUGUCUUAGUAAACCGUUUGUUUAUAUAAUAAUGUUUAUUGAAAAAGUGCAUUUACGAGAGUUGUUGUAAUAAGUCAGGGACAUCACCGAGAGUUAAUGCAAAAGGUGAUAAUGAAACUUAAUAACUUAACAUACAAUGUAGUAAUAACUUUUUAAGUCCUAUAAUUUUGCCAUUUUUUGGAUUUGAUAAGCUUCCUAUAUUUUUCAUCAUGUCUUAAACAAUUGAUUUUCAAUGUUAACCGAAUAAUGUUUCUACUUGUUCAGGUAAUUCCGAACUUCUGAAUUCCGGAAACUUCCAAAUUUCGAAAUUUUUGGCUUGUUCCAUAGGUGUUCGGUUUUCAGAAGUUACACUGUAUUCUAAUGAUCGCUAGCCGCAUUGGUUCA